AUCUCUAAGAAACUAUUCAUGCAGCACUGACUAAUGUUUACAGUGACUAGUCAACUUUAGCUUAAAAAUUACCAAAGAUGAUGUAGUGGUGACUGUGAUAAUGACAUAGUUCAAACACUACAAAAGGACAACUCUGGAUUGCCUCUACCCUGUUUACAAAAACACCGCCCGCUUUGUCUUCCCCUGUCUGGAGAGAGUGAGAUUUUCAUUUUAAGAGGCUGACUAAAAAAUGCAGGGCCACUUCCUGGGCAGGCUUCCAAGUGACUACAUCUUUCUCACAGCGUUCCCCAGAGCUCCAGCCUAAGCUGCCUGGGGCGGGGCCUCCAGCCAUUGGUGGCUGGCGAAGCUACCACAGUAACAGUUAUCUGCAGCCCGCCAGAAUUGCUGUGCUUUUAGGCCCUCCCAGAGCACAGAUAACGGCCUUGGUCUUUGCACUGAAGAGACGUCAGAGUUUAUGAUUGGCCAGGCUGGCGUGUGAAAUAGAGGAGAUGUCUUGCCACGCUUCCGAGUAUGAUGCUCCUUUCAGCCGAGUACCCCGGGUGUGGACCCUGACUGCACCUGCCCCAUUUGCAGAUGAAACGAGCUGCCAGUGCCAAGCACCCCAUGAAAAACUGACCAUUGCUCAGGCCCGCUUAGGAACACCAGUUGACAGGCCUGUCAGAGUAUAUGCAGAUGGAAUAUUUGACCUCUUUCACUCAGGUCACGCAAGGGCACUUAUGCAAGCAAAAACACUGUUUCCCAACAGCUACUUGUUGGUGGGAGUUUGCAGUGAUGAUCUCACCCACAAAUUCAAAGGUUUCACUGUGAUGAAUGAAGCAGAAAGGUAUGAAGCUCUCAGACACUGUCGCUACGUGGAUGAAGUCAUCAGAGAUGCUCCAUGGACCCUCACACCAGAGUUUCUGGAAAAACACAAGAUUGACUUUGUGGCUCAUGAUGACAUUCCGUAUUCUUCUGCUGGUUCUGAUGAUGUUUACAAGCAUAUAAAGGAAGCAGGAAUGUUUGUUCCAACCCAGAGAACAGAAGGCAUCUCAACAUCAGACAUCAUCACCAGAAUUGUCCGGGACUAUGAUGUUUAUGCCCGACGCAACCUCCAGAGAGGGUACACAGCCAAGGAACUGAAUGUCAGCUUUAUAAAUGAAAAGAAGUACCGUUUCCAGAACCAGGUGGACAAGAUGAAAGAAAAGGUCAAGAAUGUGGAGGAAAGAUCAAAGGAGUUUGUUAACAGAGUGGAAGAAAAGAGUCAUGAUCUAAUUCAGAAGUGGGAAGAGAAGUCAAGGGAAUUCAUUGGCAACUUCCUAGAACUGUUCGGACCUGAUGGAGCAUGGAAGCAGAUGUUCCAGGAGAGGAGUAGCCGGAUGCUACAAGCCUUAUCACCCAAGCAGAGCCCUGUGAGCAGCCCAACCAGGAGCCGGUCCCCUUCCCGCUCCCCGUCACCCACCUUCUCGUGGCUUCCGAUCAAAACCUCACCUCCCUCCUCACCCAAAGCAGCCUCAGCCUCCAUCAGCAGCAUGAGUGAGGGGGAUGAGGAUGAGAAGUAAAGGUGGCUGGCAGGCAAGAGCCACACCACACAGGAGGGGGAGGGGCACUGGGGAUGCCUGGGUGGUGUUUGAAGGGGAAGAAUCAUGGGAGCUACAGCUCAAUAGGGAGGCCCUGAGCUCUGCUAAGGGAAGGUUGAUCUGUUCUCCCUCAUCUUCCACAUGGCCCAGCUGGGCUCAGCAUGGAGGUUUCCAGCUGGAGAACCUCCAUAAACCUUCUUAGCAUCCUCUAGAAUCACUCUAGUUUAACCUUGCUAAAGAGAGGAGCAGAGCACCCCAGGGAGACUUGCACUGAGUAGGGUGACUUCUGCUUUUAUCCAUGCCCCCAUCCCCAUCAAGUAAACUACCUGUGGAAGCGGCUGUUUCCUCAACCUGCUACUUUUGGCUCUUUAAAGGGCCUUGCACGUUGCCUCCUACCACCCAAGCUCUGCCAGAAUAAAUUUGUUUCCAAUAGAGGUGGCAAAGUGCUUCCGAAAUAGUCAUGUUAAAGACAAAUUCCAGUCUUCUCAGUGCAGCCACUAAGACCUGAUGUGGCAACACAUCAAAUCUUUCCAGUGCCGGGACCAUGGCUCAGAGCCAAAACCUUGCUUUGGAUCAGAUAUAAAAGGUGAUCUAGUGUGAACCCUAACUUCUCACUCAGAGGACAGUGUUGGCAAGGAGAAUUCCACCUAAGUCCUGAUGUGCUUCUGGCUGUACUUUCUCAUUAUUGGUGUGACUUUAUUGUUUUCCAGAAAUUACCUUAAUCGGUGGAAACUGCAACAAGGAAAAACAUCCUGUAUAAAAAAAGAGGAGCUGCUUUGCUUUGGCUCCAAGUUUGGCAGAUGAGAAACAUCUCUCGAAGCUUCUCCUUAAAGGAUGCUACUAUGGAAUGGCUCUUCCCAUUUCUGACCAGUUAACAGUUUCAUAGACCUCAAGUAACAGUUUGAUGUACCAAACACAUAGUAUACUGAUAGGGGGUGCUACCUGCACGUAUCUGUUCUGUGUAUGCUCCAAAUAUGCCACCCCAGGGUGUAUACCAUAUGCAAUAUGAAUAUGUGGUGGUGGCAUUUUAUGAUAUACUCCUCUCCUGCUCUCCACCCUAAUAGCCUGCUGAAAUCCUUAUCUAAAGAACCAUCUGGUUCCCUUGUGACUUGGGCACUUUGUCAAAAGCUCAUACCAGAUUCUUGUAGAAAUAUUUUGUCCCAACCAGGAAAUUAUUAUUGUUCUCAUGGCCUCCCAUAACAUUUUGGGGUGAAGGCAGGUUCUGAAGAGUUUUGCAAAGAACAAUGGGCUAGUUCUUUGAAUGGGCUAGUUAUUGCUGGCUAUAGCUUUGUUAAAUGGGAUGAAGACUCUUUAAGAUUCCUACAGAGUUGUCUGAAGUUACUGCUCCUUUAUCACAUGUAGGAAAUGAGCAGGUAGAAUCAAGGUUUAGAACCAAACUCUUGGGCAGACGUAGAUAUUGCCUCAUUAUCCUGGUAAUGUCAGGCAGAGCUGGGAUCUGACUGAGCAGAAGCCCCAACCAGCAACUUGUGGGCAGAGCCCAGCACCUCUUGUGACAGAAGCACCCCUUUUCAGGGGACUUGGGAGCCAGCCUUUUGGGGGCAACUGAUGAAGGAAGGUGGCAUGUCUUUCCCCUUUGUGUUGGGGUCGAACUACCUCCCUGCCCACCUGGAGACUAGCGGUGUUUGUUGGAAAGCAAAACUAUGCUGCUAAGCUGGCUUGGAACCUCCUUGUUCCUGGUUUUCUCCAGAACUCUGUAAAGCACUCAAGCAAGACAGAGGGCGAGCAGGAACUUGGUCUUUGAGAAGUAAAGUUCUUUUUGCAGUUAAGGCCCUCCCAGAGCAUACUCUACAGAGAGCAGCAAGGGCUCCUUUCUUCCUUUGUGUCCAUUUGGCCUUUACCUUCCACCAUGCCCCCAGGGCACACUGUGCAUGUGUUGUAUGCCUGUCAAUUCACGACUGAUACUUGUAGCAGUGAAAGGUCAGGGGACCAGCUAGCCAAGAAAAGAGAAACAAGGUGAGAAUUAGGAAAGUGAAAAGAGGCUCCUAGAGAGAGAGGAGGAGGAUAAAGAACAUCCACUCUCUUAAACUAUGUCAGGACCUCAUUUUAUAGGUGAAACUCUCUUGAGGAGGCCUUUUAAUGCUGUGACUCCAUGUCCCAGGGUGGGUAGAUCUAUUUCUAACUGAGUCCUGCUCUGGAGCAAACAAUAUGUGGUUGAUAAACAAGUCUGAGUAUAAAUUUGCAGGCCUUACACAGCAUACUGACAGGUGCCACAUAUGUGACUCAUCAGAUAGUGCCACCAUAGCUGCCAAUUAUGGGAAAUGACUAAUAAUCUGGGAUAUUACAGGGAUGGGCCCCAACAACUGAUAAGUGGGUUCUAAAUCUCAUCCUCCUAACCUCUAACAACACCUCCCCUCCUUCCUAAGACCACGAGUCUACUGAGAAAGGAAUGGGAACAUUUCUGCCAAACUUUGUUGAUCUUUGGCCAUCUCUCAGUCUCUCCCAGCCCCUACCCCCCACCUGCCCUGCACCCAGGAGGAACUGGAGUUGCCCUUUGUUUGGGCCAUCCAGUCAACAGUCAUGGCCAAGAGCAAGUUAAGGCUGGAAUAAGAAAUAUAGUAAAUAUGCUGCAAACUUAGUGAGGUAAGCAGAAGUUACAAAAAGCAAGAAAAUAGAUUUUGUUUUGCUGUAGAAAUGGAAGGAAACUUCAGACUGAAAAGAGCUAGAUGAGAGCAGUUUAGGAUUGUGGAUGGGGCAGGUUAUGAAGAUGGGAAAAAAUGGGAGUGAAGAAAUGUGGGAGUGGGAGGGUCAGUAUUUUCUGUUCCCUUUCCAGGGUUAACUUGGCCCCUAAUAGGCAAAGGAGGAAGGUUCCUAUUACAUACCUCCAAGCUCAGUGGAUAUGCAUGCAGCACAGGUGGCAAUCAGGUGCGAGUCCCUGCCUCUCAGCCUUUCACAUUUCAGUGCUUCCACAUCCUCCUGACAGGAACCCUGAAAUCAAAUUUUGACCCCUCCUCCAACUAAACAAGUGUGGAAUUAUAACACCACAGUCACACUGCAUGACCUGUUUCUGGCAAGCAAACUCCAGUGUGCCAGGACCUUACAAAGGCAAGGGGAAGCCAGCCUCAUGAGGAGCAAGACAGAUGGAGCCUAACUUCUGACUUGCUCUGGGUGAAAGAAACAGCAGGGGAAUUUCAACCUUUCUCCAUGUUUUAGGCUCCUAGAGGCUGUGAUUUCAUCCUUGAAGGGGAGGGGAACAGGAAGAGCACAGAUUUGUUUUCUCUCCAUCUUCAGGACUUAUUUUGGCACCCAGUCAUACCCCAGGGAGGGAUGCAAAAUGGCAUCACUGGCUCAGCUGAAUCAGAUGAGCUCCUAACUAGCAGACAUGUGCCUGUUUCUCAGGCAUCCAUGCAGCAUUUGUCCUGGCUGUCUGAUAAAAAAAAUAGCUUAUGAGGCAUUUGCAAUUCUCCUUUUCUCUAGACGCCUCUCUAGUUUCUUUGUUGUGUCACUGCAAUGUGUCUGGGGACAAAGCCAUAAGAAGAGCAUACAUACUUAAGACUCUGCUGUACAUAUAAUAAGACAAGAAGACGAUGAUGACUUGUCUGGGUUAAAGCCCGACCUAAUGCCCAAGCAUUUGCUCUGGUGCUGAAUAAUGUGAACUACUGGAAUCAGUACCCUUCCCCAUACUCCUUCUCCAUCCCCACUCCUGCUCCCAAACACAGCAUUCCCAACUUGUUUAUAAAUAAAGGGAUGCAGAAUUGCA